UUUCUGCGAACAGUUGGUGUGUCCAUCUUGUUUCGCUUUGUUUGACUAAAAUUAGCUCACCCUCUUCAUUCACUCACUGAAUGGUCGGUCUCUGUUGUUUACCUCUGCUUUUGGUAAAUUCUGGGACUACAAUUUGAUUUUAUUAUGCCUCCUACUUCCUCUAUGUUUGAAUUAGAUGCUUACAUUUUUACUUUUUUUUCUUUUUCCCUAUCUUGUGAGCAAUUACCUGUUGGGAUUCAUUUUCAGCGGUUUGGUUAAUUGUUUGGCACAUUUCGUUUGGUGUAAAUUGUGUUGGAGAUGAGGAUUAUGAUGAUCAACAGUAUUAGAUUCUGGAGGUGAAUGGUGCGGGGUGGCAUUUUUUUGGUCAUUCUUGGGCGUUGAUGGAUCUUUGCUCCCACCAAUAAAGCGUCUCUCUUGAAACAUUACUUUGAAUCUUGGACAACAUUGGUUUAGGAAUCACUUUCCAACAUGACAUGGAGCAAUAGUCUAGAACCACCCAAGAAUUACACAUUCUGAUGGAUGUUGGUGCCAAAGUUGGUGGAAGUGCAGAAAAUGCAAUGGCAGUAGUUGUGAAGAUUGGCUGGCUUGAGGAGAAAUUUUCUAUUGGCCAAUAGUUGAUUUAGCUGAAACAGACAGGGUUAAGAGAGUUGAUGAUGCAAGACCUGCCUCCCGUCGGAUGGUUGAGUCCUUUCUGAAUAAGUUCUUUCCAUCAGGUUAUCCAUAUAGUGUGAAUGAGGGAUAUCUACGAUAUACACAAUUUCGUGCACUGCAGCACUUCUCCAGUGCAACAUUAUCUGUAUUAUCAACUCAGGGAUAUUUCUCAGUGUCUUACUCCCUUUCAGUCACUUCUAUUUGCUGCAGGCUUGCGACCUACACCUGCACAGGCUACUGCUGUUAGUUGGAUUUUAAAAGAUGGUAUGCAGCAUGUGGGGAAGCUCAUAUGUAGUAACUUGGGUGCAAGAAUGGACUCAGAACCUAAAUGUUGGAGGAUUUUGGCCGAUGUUCUUUAUGACUUGGGUACUGGUCUGGAAGUAAUUUCCCCUUUAUGCCCACACUUAUUCCUUGAAAUGGCUGGGCUUGGCAAUUUUGCUAAGGGAAUGGCAGUUGUCGCAGCAAGAGCAACAAGAUUGCCCAUAUAUUCUUCAUUCGCCAAAGAGGGAAAUCUGAGCGACCUAUUUGCCAAAGGUGAAGCCAUUUCUACUCUGUUUAAUGUUCUUGGGAUAGGAGCUGGAAUUCAGUUAGCAUCUACUGUUUGCUCAUCAAUGCAGGGAAAGUUGGUGGUUGGACCUCUCCUAUCUUUGUUUCAUAUUUACUGUGUCACGGAAGAGAUGCGAGCAACUCCAGUUAACACUCUAAAUCCACAGAGAACCGCAAUGAUCGUUGCGGACUUUCUAAAGAGAGGUCGAAUACCUAGUCCUGCUGAUCUAAGAUAUCAAGAAGAUCUCCUAUUCCCCGGACGACUGAUAGAAGAAGCUGGAAGUGUUAAGGUGGGAAGACCUUUACACAAUGUUGUCAAGCCUUCACAACUGCACCAAGUUAAAGAAAAAUUUCCAGAAGAAAAAUUUAUUUUAAAUCGUGGAACCAAAUGGACAGACAUGAUACUGGAGCGUAAUGCUACCGGGGAAGAUGCAUUGAAGGGAUGGCUAGUUGCUGCAUAUGCAGCUGAGAUUGAGAAGACGUUGCUUAAAACCAGCAGCGAUCCCCUGGAGGAGGCUUAUGAGAGGAUGGUCAACGUGUUUUCUCCAUUCCUCUCCGAGCUGCAGGCCAAAGGGUGGCACACUGAUCGUUUUCUUGAUGGAACUGGAUGCCGUUUUGCUUUGUAGUCUACCGUCAUAGCUAGGUAGUUUCCUUCCUUGCGUUUAGAUUAUAGCAACAGUAUGGUCUAAACAGAAUAUUCUUAAGAAGUCCCGAGACUUUAUCCUUUCGGCCGAAUCACAAGCAUUUCAUGCGGUAAGAUUUCAGCAAUACUAACCUACAGUGGUGCUUCGCAGGUUGACAUGAAAAGGGGCUCUUUUAGCUCAUUCAUCUUUUAUAAAUGUCAAAAGGGAUUCUAAAAAAGAGGAAACAAAUCUGCUUUACCCUUUUAUUUUAAUUUAAUGGCA